AUGCCCCUUCCCAGAACCUGUAGCGGGCCUCGCCCACCCGUCAAGCUGCCCGCCCGUCCUGGGAAGCUAGUGGGCCUGCCGCCCGUCCCGGGACGCCUUGGCGGGCCUCACCUGCCACUCUUGGGACCUGUAGCGGGCCUCGCCCGUCAAGGCCUGCACACCCAUCCCGGGACGCCUAGUGGGCCGCCCGCCGUCUCGGGGACGCCUGGCGGGCGCCCGCCCGUCCCGGUACGCCUUGCGGGCCUCGCCCGCCCGUCCCGGGGACGCCUGGCGGGCCUCAACCUGCCACUUUUGGGACCUGAGCGGGCCUCGCCCACCGUCAAGGCUGCACAACCCAUCCCGGGACGCCUGGGGGCCUCGCCCGCCUGUCCCGGGACCGCCUGGCGGGCCUCCCCGGCCCCCGUCCCGGUCGCCUGCGGGCCUGCCCGCCCCGUCCCGGGACGCCUGGCGGGCCUCCCCGUCCGUCCCGGGAUGCCUGGCGGGCCUCUGCGCCCGUCCCCGGGAGGGCCUGGCGGUCCUCUGCCCGCCCGUCCCCGGGAGGCCUGGCCGGGCCUCUGCCCGCACGUCCCGGAGGACGGCCUGGCGGGCCUCUGCCCUUCCCGGGACGCCUGGCGGGCCUCACCCAACCCGUCCCGGACACCUGGUGGGCACAUGGCCCUUCCCGGAAACCCGAGCGGGCCUCGGCCCAAACCCCGGGCCUGCCCACCCCGUCAAGCCUGCCCACCCAUCCCUGGGACGCCGGGGGCCUCUCCCGCCCGUCCCCGGGGCACGCCUGGUGCCUCGCCGCCCGUCCCAGGGACGCCUGGGGGCCUCUGCCCGCCCGUCCCCCGGGACGCCUGGGGGCUCUGCCGUUCCCGGGACGCUGGUCUGCCCGCCGUCCCCGGGACGCUUGGGGGAACGGCCCGCCCGUCCCCGGGACGCUGGCGGGGCUCUGCCCGCCCGUCCCCGAGACGCCUGGCGGGGGGCUCUGCCCGGCCCGUUCCCGUAACGCCGGCCUGCCCGCCCGUCCCCACGCCUGGGGGCCACUGCCCGCCCGCCCCGGGACGUGGCGGCCGCUGCCGCCAGUCCCCGGGACGCCCUGGCGGGCCGCUGCCCGCCAGUCCCCGGGACGCCUGGCGGGCCGGCCCUCCCGUUCCCGGGACGCCUGGCGGGCCUUGCCGCCCGUACCCGGGACUCCUGGGGGCCGCUGCCCGCCCCGUCCCCCGGGGGGACGCCUGGCGGGCCGCUGCCCGCCAGUCCCCGGGACGCCUGCGGGCCGUGCCCUCCCGUCCCCCGGGACGCCUGGCGGGCGCUGCCCGCCCCGGCCCCGGGGACGCCUGGCGGGCCUCUGCCGCCCGUACCGGGACCCUGGCGGGCCACUGCCCGCCCGUCCCCGGGACGCCUGGCGGGCCUCCCGCCCGUCCCGGGACGCCUGGGGGCCUCUGCCCGCCCCGCCCCGGGACGCCCGGCGGGCCGCUGCCCGCCGUCCCCGGGAGCCUGGCGGGGCCGCUGCCCGCCCGUUCCCCGGGGACGUCGGGGGGCGGCGCCCGUCCCCGGGACGCCUGGCGGGGCCUGCCCGCCCGUGGGGACGCCUGGUGGGCCGCUCCGCCAGUCCCCGGGACGUCUGCCCGCCCCUCCCCUGGCGGGGCCGCCCGCCGGGAGCCCGGGGGCCACUGCCCGCCCGUCCCCGGGACGCUGGCGGGCCACUGCCCGCCCGUCCCCGGGAAGCCUGGCGGGCCUCUGCCCGCCCGUUGCCGGGAAGCCUGGCGGGCCUGCUGCCCACACCCGGCCCCGGGAAGCCUGGCGGGCCUUCUGCCCUCCCGUCCCCGGGAACGCGGGCGGUGGCCGGGCCGCCCUGCCGCCCGUCCCCGGGCACGCCGCUUAGCCUGGAAGCCGCUGCCUGCCCGUCCCCGGGACGACUGGCGGGCCGCUGCCCGCCCGUUACCCCGGGACGCCUGGCUGGGCCGCUGCCCGCCCGUCCCCGGGACGCCUGGCGGGCCGCUGCCGCCCGCCCCCGACCCCGACGCCUGGCGGGCGCGCCGCCCGCCCCGGGACGCCUAG